AUGGCAGUAUUCAGUACUAGGUUAAGAUUUAUCACAGAGUUUAUUGAACAGAGUAAUAAAAUAUUUAAAAAAAUGUCGAUCUCAUCUGGCAGCUCAAUAAAUGUCGAUCUUGGAGGUAUGAGAAUAAAAUAUAAAGAUAAGAGUGAAACAUUUACUGAAGAUCAAUUAGAUUGCAAAGAACCAAUAGGACAAUUCAAAUCAUGGUUCGAAGUCGCCAGCAAAACUCCAGGUAUCCAGGAACCAAAUGCCAUGUGCGUUGGAACGGCUACAAAAGAUGGAUUACCAUCAGUACGACCAGUUUUACUAAAAGGGUUCAGUGAUAAGGGUUUUAAAUUUUAUACUAAUUAUGAAAGCCGCAAAGGACGUGAAUUAGCUGAAAAUCCAGUGGCUGCAUUGACAUUUUUUUGGGAACCCUUACGACGAACUGUACGAAUUGAAGGAAGUGUAGAAAAGACAUCUGCUGAAGAUUCAGAUAAUUAUUUUUUAUCUCGGCCAUUUGCUAGUCAAGUUGGAGCUCACGCGAGUAAACAGAGUUCUGUUAUCGCGGGUAGAGAGUCGCUGAUGAUUAAAGAACGCGAAUUGUUGGCGCAAUUUCCUGAUGGAAAAGUACCACGUCCUCCAUGCUGGGGAGGUUUUAUUGUUAUUCCAAAAACAGUCGAAUUUUGGCAGGGACAGAGCGACCGGUUACAUGAUCGUAUUCGAUUCCGUCGUCCGGGUCCUGGUGAAAAAAUUGACAACAUUUUGGUGCAUCAAGGAGACAAUGGCUGGGUCUAUGAACGACUGUCGCCUUAAUUAAUUGAAAUAACAUCAAAUUAAUGCAUUUUUUGUUUAUCAUUUUAUUUAAAAAAUUUAUAAAACCGCUUACAGAAAAACUAAUG